AUGGUGGUGACAGGCUCUGCCCGAGGCGGCGGCGGCAGCGGAGACCGCGCGCCCUCCCGGCGGCGGGGCUGCGGACUCGCGCCGGCCGGGGCCGCGGCGCUGCUGGCCGGGGCGAGCUGCCUAUGCUACGGCCGCUCCCUGCAGGGCGAGUUCGUGCACGACGACGUGUGGGCGAUCGUGAACAACCCCGACGUACGGCCCGGCGCCCCGCUUCGCUGGGGCAUUUUCACCAACGACUUCUGGGGCAAGGGCAUGGCCGAGAACACCAGCCACAAGUCCUACCGGCCGCUCUGCGUCCUCACCUUCAAGCUGAACAUAUUUUUGACUGGCAUGAACCCAUUCUACUUUCAUGCGGUGAAUGUGGUUUUGCACUGUCUCGUGACUCUCGUCCUGAUGUACACCUGUGACAAAGCUGUCUUCAGGAACCGGGGACUGGCUUUCGCUACAGCGUUGCUUUUUGCUGUGCACCCUGUCCACACAGAGGCGGUGGCUGGAAUUGUUGGCAGAGCUGAUGUGUUAGCAUGCCUGCUAUUUCUGUUGGCCUUUCUCUCCUACAAUAGGAGUGUGGACCAGCAUCAUGUUGGGGAAUGUUUCCCUCCCACCACUUCUCCAUUCUUCUUGCUGCUCAGUUUGUUUCUGGGGACCUGCGCGAUGCUGGUCAAAGAGACAGGCAUCACGGUGUUUGGAGUGUGCUUGGUUUACGAUCUCUUUUCCCUGUCCCAUAAGCAAGAGAAAUUAAGCAAUGGGGUCAUCCAUCAGCGCAGCCCACAGCAGCCUGCGAGCCCUCAGCCCUCCUCGCUGCCUGUGCACCCUCACCGGGAGAAUGGGAAGCAACAGCGAUUUCCUCACCGAGGAGCUUGGGGUGGCUGCCACUCCCCAUCGCUGCCAGAACCCAAGAGCAGUGGAUUCCCAGUGUCUCCUCGAGCCGUGUGGUCCAUGAUGAGGUAUCUGACAGCAAGGAGCAAUAGGCAUUUCCUGCUUACCAUGAGGCCAUUCUUAAAAAGGGCCACUUUGGUCAUAAGUUACGUGAUUGUCAUUUUGUACUUCCGUCUGUGGAUUAUGGGAGGAUCUAUGCCCCUCUUUUCAGAGCAGGAUAAUCCAGCUUCAUUUUCGCCUUACAUACUUACGAGGUUCCUUACCUAUUCCUACCUCUUGGCCUUCAACGUGUGGCUUCUGCUUGCACCCAUUACCCUGUGCUAUGACUGGCAGGUCGGCAGUAUUCCUCUGGUAGAGACCAUAUGGGACGUGCGGAACUUAGCCACCAUCCUUCUGGCAGUUGUCAUGACCUUACUGAGCCUUCAUUGUUUAGCAGCCUUCAAGAGACUGGAGCACAAGGAAGUUUUAGUGGGCUUGUUGUUCCUGGUUUUCCCGUUCAUUCCAGCCAGCAAUCUCUUCUUCAGGGUGGGUUUUGUGGUGGCCGAGAGAGUCCUUUACAUGCCUAGCAUGGGCUACUGCAUCCUUUUUGUGCACGGAUUGAGGAAGCUCUGCGCAGGGCUGAAUCGUUGGGGGGCCACCACCCUGACCGUGUGUACUGCGCUUUUGCUGCUGCUUUUCUCCUGGAAAACUGUGAAGCAGAAUGAAAUUUGGCUGUCAAGAGAGUCCCUGUUCAGGUCUGGAGUUCAGACUCUGCCUCACAAUGCCAAGGUUCACUACAACUAUGCCAAUUUCCUGAAGGACCAGGGUCGGAACCGGGAAGCCAUCUACCACUACAGAACAGCCCUCAGGUUGUAUCCUCGCCACGCAAGUGCCCUGAACAACCUUGGAACACUGACGAGAGACACAGCAGAGGCAAAGAUGUACUAUCAGAGGGCUCUCCAGCUAAAUCCGCAGCACAACCGGGCUCUUUUCAAUCUCGGGAAUCUCCUUAAGUCCCAGGAGAAAAAAGAAGAGGCUAUCACCUUGCUGAAGGACUCCAUUAAAUACGGUCCCGAGUUUGCAGAUGCGUAUUCUAGCUUAGCUUCAUUGUUGGCCGAGCAGGAGAGAUUUAAGGAGGCUGAGGAGAUAUACCUGGCUGGAAUAAAGAGCUGUCCAGACAGCUCAGACUUACACAACAACUAUGGGGUUUUCUUAGUUGAUACUGGCUCUCCAGAGAAGGCAGUGGCCCAUUACCAACAGGCCAUCACACUCAGCCCAAGUCAUCACGUGGCCAUGGUGAAUCUGGGGAGGCUCUACAGGUCCUUGGGAGACAACAGUGCCGCUGAAGAAUGGUACAAACGGGCCCUACAGGUGGCACACAAAGCAGAGCUAUUAUCACCUUUGGGAGCGCUGUAUUAUAACACGGGCCGGUAUGACGAGGCUCUGCAGAUUUACCGGGAAGCCGCGGCACUAGAACCUUCUCAAAGGGAGCUCCGCCUAGCCCUGGCUCAGGUUUUGGCUGUGAUGGGUCAGACAAAAGAGGCUGAGAAGAUGACCAACCACAUUGUGUCAGAAGAGACCGGAUGCCUUGAAUGCUACCGCCUGUUGUCAGCAAUCUACAGCAAGCAGGAGCUCCACGAAAAGGCACUCGAUGCUAUCGACAAGGCUCUCCAGCUGAAACCAAAGGACCCAAAAGUCGUAUCUGAACUUUUUUUCACAAAAGGAAACCAACUAAGAGAGCAGAAUCUUCUGGAUAAAGCUUUCGAGAGCUAUAAAGCUGCCGUGGAGCUAAAUCCAGAUCAAGCACAGGCCUGGAUGAACAUGGGUGGAAUCCAACACAUCAAGGGAAACUAUGUGUCCGCAAGAGCUUAUUACAAGAGAGCCUUACAGCUGGUUCCAGACAGCAAACUGCUGCAGGAAAAUCUUGCCAAGUUGGAUCGCCUAGAGAAACGAUUACAAGAAGUUCGAGAAAAGGAUCAGACGUAGCCGUGUUUGGCCCAGUCUUGAGGGACAGUGCUGGUGCUUCUGGAAGAGGAAGAAGUGUUGGAGGCCUUCACCUCAGCAGGGGCACAACAGAGAAGCUUUCCGCUCGCUCUGAGUUUGGGGAGGCACGUUUUGGGAUGCCAGCUGGUAACCCUGUGCUAAGGGACUUGCAUUUCCACGGAAGAAGACAGUAAGCAAGGGCUCCAUCUGAGAGGAAGUAAAACAACUACUACACGUUUUGCAGAUUUUUGUUGGCUUUAAUUCCAGAUUUCCCUUCAUCUGUUUCUCUGCUUUUCCAACCUAAGAAUCUAAUUCCAUCUCAGUGUAGACUUUUAUGUCCCAUAUACAGAGGCUUAAAUUCUCUGACGGCAGAGCAGCUCUUCCUUGUGAGAUGAGAUAUGUCAUAGAGGAGAAAAUCUCUGGGAUAAACCAUCUGGGUAAUUCCACCAAGAGGUAGCUCAUUUAGUUCUCCAAAACUAGAAAUGAGUAUCUAAUAGUUUUUGUAGAAUCUUCUGGAAUAUUUGGGAGAAAGGGUGUGGUUAAGUGAGCUUUGUCUAAUAUCCCCCUGAGGAUAUUGCUAGAGCCCAGUUGAAGAGUGAAUUAAAUUCCACUCGGAUGCAAGCUUUUCCUAUUGCCCGAUACAACAAAAAGGAGGCUUCUGGAAUUGUGUAUGGGUAUUCUCAUCCCUGGGGGAAUAUCAAGGAUCUUGGUUCCUCUAAUUUCUUUAUGGAAAUGUUUAAGAUUAUUUUAAUUUUAUUACAAGUAUUACUAGAGUAGUGAUUCUGCUCUAAGAUUUCAGAAGUGCUUUUAGAAUCAUAAAUGUUUCUGACUCCACAUACAUUGUUAUUUUGGUGGAGAAAAAAAUAGUAUAUUCUACAUGAGAAAUAUUAAAGAUAUUAACUAAGAGAAAUGCUCUACUUUAUUAUCUUAACAUUCAGUCAUCCAGAGAUUUAUUAUUUUUUUGAAAACUAUAUUUAAUCACUGAAAAUGCUAUACAAUAUAUCACAAAAAUCUUCAUAGACUAUGAAGAGGAUGGAAGAGAAGCUCUAUUGAUUUGUCUACUGAAAUUUAAUGAGAAUUCUGCUUUAGAACAUGAGUGAUGGAAAUCCAGAGUUCUUGGUUCUGUAAUUAUAAUAUUGGAGAGUUCUUGGCGAAUGCUCAAAAAAUUUAGGGGAGAAAAAAGUCUAAAUUCAUAAUUAUAAAAAUACAUAUUUAUAUUUAAAAGACAGGCCAGCAAAGUGGAACUUAACAAUUUGACAUUUGUUUUUAGUGUUAUUUAUUUUGUAACUUAUAAAAUAUUUAAUAUAUAUAUAUAUAUAUAUACACACACACACGCAAAUUUUUUUCUCUGUACAUAGUGGUUUUAAUAGCAGCUUUCAGAACUGAUCAUACAGAAAUCACAAAUCUGAAUUACAAUGUAAAGUUUGAACAGCCCCUCAAAAAAAUUUGUAUUGAUGAUUCACUUGCCAAAGCUAAAGAAAUUAGGAAGUGGAGUUCAGUGUUUGGGUGGUAAUAUAUUUUGAAAGUGAAGAAGUUGGAACACCUGAUUCUAAUUUGGUCAUCAUCAUAAAUUAAAAAAAAAAAAAA